AUGGCUGCAAACACAAGACUUUCGCUGCUGUAUGUUUCCUAUCUGACGCUCGGGAUGACGCUGCCCUUCCUGCUGCCAGCUCAUAUGACGCAAAAGGUGCUGAACGAGUCGCAUUCCACCAUUUAUAAAGGAAGAAGCAACCCAAGAUGCAUUUUCUCGAGGCUGAUCUGA